CAUGGCGUCCUUCUAUUUGGGGGUCACUGUCGGGCGGCUACACCGUCUCGAAACACACGAAGGAGACAAACAGAAACUCAAAGCGUCUGGCGGGCUCGAAUUUCCACAAACGUUUGUCAGAUUUUGAACUUUUCACCCCUCCGACCAAAAAGUCUGUUGUUUUACCACGAUGCCUCAAUGCGCCGUGACGUCAUCACCCAGGCUCCUGUCCAAAUGUGUGUCCAGUGGAGCCGUGUCUCAGGAGGAACUAGCGUCUGCCUACUCAUCCCAGAGCUCCUUCUUCUCCUCUCGGCUGCACGAAGCUGAGCAGCGAAUCCAAAUGCAGAAAGAGCUGGAGAAGCUGCAGCUGGAGGUGGAGCUACUGAAGGAGGACAAGAAGAACGCUGACGUCACUCACGCGUUCUACCUCGCUGCCAGGCUGCAGGCGCUGCAGACGUUCUGCACUCACCUGCAAGAUGUUCUGAAGGACCACAAGCUUCUGGCCCAGCGACUCAGCAGGCCGCUGUGCGGCACCGGCCUGCCCAUCCCGGCCCACCUGCACCGGUUUGUGGUGCAAGUGGUCCACAUGGCGAUGGACUUUGUGGAGACUUUGGAUGAGAAGAGAAGCGCUGUAAGCCGACGCGCCGAUGCCACUGCUGACCUGGAUCAGCUGAAAACGUCCGUCUCCCAACUCUUGGCUGUGGCCUCGGAGGAGGAGCUGUUGGCCAAUCGCCUUCUUGGAUGGAAGGACGUGUGCGACAGCCGCUUGAGUGACAGCUCAUCGUCUUGACUUCACCGGCCUACUUCCGUCCCCUUGUGACCUCUUCUUCUUGUUUGGUAGAAAACGACUUCUUUUGAAAUGCA